AGGAGGAGAUGAGGGAAGAGGAGGAGAGGAGGGAAGAGGAGGAGAGGAAGGAUAGGAUGAGAGAGGAGAGUGUCUUAAACCUCUCAUACACACUGAAGUCCCCUGCAGGAGGCAGCCUGGUGGAUGUGUGCUGUGUGUCGUGGCCGUCAGUAGGGGUGUGUGUGGCGGUGGCAGGAGAGUGGGAGGUGUGUGUUUGGGGUCAGACCACCCCCCCACACUGGAGACGACUGCACACCUGGACCUUCAUAGAAUCAGUGAUGUCAGUGUUUCCUGUGCCGGACGCUCCUGGGCUUCUCUGUGUGACUCUGGGACAGCUGGAAAUCAGAGAGGCCAGGGUGCUGUGCUGCUCCAGUCUGUCCCAGGCGGUGCUGUGUGAGGGGGAGGUCCAGACGGUGGUGGGCAUGUCCAACCGAAGGCUGGUUAGCUCCUCCCACUCUGCAGCCACACCCCCGCUGCAGGUCUACACACUCACAGAGGACGGCAGGCUGCAAGCCUCCCUGUCUCUGGUCUGUCCUACUGAGCGUGUGCAGACCGUGGCCGCGGUAGAGGGACAGACUGAUGCUCUGAUUGGCUCAACCCACAGCGGACAUCUUGUUCUAUGGAACGUGACGACGGGGCAGCUGCUGCGGAGCAUCACUCUGGGAGACGGUUUCACGGAUACGGCCUGCCUCCGAGGAUACUCCCUCUGUGGGGUGCUGUUUGUUCUGCUGCAGCACCCGUCCCUGUGUGCUCUGGAGGAGGAAGAGGGAGGGGCUCUGUUCUCUCUGGUCGCCACCAACCCUCUGACUGGCACCGUCGCCCUGGCAACCAGACUAGGCCUGCCCAAAUCCUGCACCGGGAGGCUGGUGGAGGUUGAUGUCCAUGGCUCCAGUGUGGUUGGGGUGUUCCGGUCUGGCUCCAUAUGUGUGUGGCAGCUGGGGGGGCAUCAGGGCCAGCGGGGUGUCUGGUUACCAGAGAUGGGGUGUCUGCUCGCCCGUUGGGGGGCACAGGGAACAGUCCUGACGGCACACCUCAAUGGAGAUGUCUGCUUACACCGCUACAGACCACUCUGAACUACUAUAGACCACCACAGACCGCUCUGAACUACUAUAGACCACCACAGACCACUCUGAACUACUAUAGACCACCACAGACCACUCUGAACAUACAUAGCACAUUUCUAUCUAAAGGUUGGCCAACGUUGUGUCCUGCUGAAUGCAGCCCAGAAGGGUAUACUACAAAGCAUGAUCAAUGAGUUAGCACGCUAACUUUGAUAAGCAACCAGAAAUAACUAUUGAUUUUCUUGUUCAUUAAGAAAGCUAAACAUAGCUAUGUGUUUUGGGUUGUUUUAUUAUACCUUGACCUUUCUAUAAAACAAGUUAUUUCAGAAUAUUUAGGCAAGUUAGCUGGAUAACUCAUUGAUCCUGCUUUGUAGUAACCACCUGUAACCAUGACCACUCUGGUGCUGAAUCACUUUCUACUACUGAAUCACUUUUUGAUUCUGAUUCUUCUGAAUCGCUUUCUGCCACAUACAAAUGACAUGGUUCAACUGUCUGGUUCCUGAAUCUGUGGUCUAUAUGUGCUGCAUAUAAAUGACAUGGUUCAACUGUCUGGUUCCUGAAUCUGUGGUCCAUAUGUACAUAAAUAGCACAACUUUCUUACAAGAUGAAAAUAUGUUUUAUAAAAGCUCUGUAAAUUGAAGUGCUGUUGAAUGCUCAUGAUACAUUUAAGCAAUAAGGCCCGAGGGGGUGUGGUAUAUGGCCAAUAUACCACGGCUAGGUGCUGUUCUUAUGGAUGGCACAACAUGGAGUGCCUGGCUACAGCCCUUAGCCGUGGGAUAUUAGCCAUAUACCACAAACCCCUGAGGUGCCUUAUUGCUAUUAUAAACUGGUUACCAACAUAAUUAGUGCAUUAAAAGUACAUGUUUUGUCGUACCCGUGGUAUACGGUCUGAUAUACCACAGUUGUCAGCCAAUUAGCAUUAAGGGCUCGAACCACCCAGUUUAUAAUAAACAUUUAUUUUUA